GCCGCAGGUUCAGCGCGGGCUUCUGCUUCACGAUGGUGUACGCCGCGCUCUUCAUCAAGACGAACCGCAUCGCGCGCAUCUUCCAGGCGGGCAAGCGCGGCACCAAGCGGCCAUCGCUCAUCAGCCCGCGCUCCCAGCUCAUCAUCUGCGCCGGCCUGCUCAUGGUCCAGGUCUUCAUCAACCUGGUUUGGAUGUUGCUGUCGCCUUCGUCCGCCGUGCACAUGUACCCCACGCGCGAGGACAACGUGCUCGUGUGCUCGUCGCACAAGGACGCGUCCUACAUGAUCGCCUUCGGCUACCCCAUCAUGCUCAUCCUGGUGUGCACCGUGUACGCUGUGCUCACCAGGAAGAUCCCCGGCGCCUUCAACGAGUCCCAGCAUAUAG